AUGGUUGCGAACUCCGACUCGCUCACACAACCUGCUGUCGGCGCAUCCGAAUGGUCUCAUCAAGCUGUCACGGCUGCUCCAGCCAAGGAGAAACAACCGCAAGAGAAUGAGCUGGAAUGGCAGGAGAUGCCUGCCUUUGCUACCCACACCAUCUACGACGAUUGGGGCAAGAUCGUCGCCCGUGAGGUCGCAGAACUUGAGGACGAAGACUAUGCAUACGGCAAUGCUGCUGCAAAGGGCUAUACCAGAGUUCAGCUUGAUGACGAUGUUCAAUCUGCCACCAGUCUAGAUGAGGACACUGCCUACCUCUUCAAGCCAGAUGCUGGUGCCAACACCUUGGACGACGACGACAGCCGCGAUGUUUUAUCCCAGAUGCAAGCCACGAAGGAUCUCCUGACUGAAGGCCAACGCAUCGCCUACGUCGGUCUUGUUCGAGUGUCCAUGUAUCAGAUGACAAAAUACCUCGAAGGCCUCGACAAGACUCGUUCUACAAAGAAACAGCUCGACGUUGCCGUAGAGUCUAUGCAAAUGUGGGGCCAGAAGAUCAUGGUGCGCCUGUACAGUCACAUGGAUCUCGAUGCCGCCGAACAGAUCAUGAUUGAGCAGCUGGCCGAACACGGCGUUGAACCUGCAGAUCUAACGACCCCCCUGAUGCAGAACGCCAGAGUCAAAAAUCCCACAAAGGCCAAGGAAGACGCUCCUGCCUCCCCAAAUCUCUCGGAUUCUCAAACUCUCAAGUCACCGCCUCUCAGUGCCCCCCCGACCCCUUCAAUGCCCCCACCAUAUGAGCAAGAGACACCGCCGGAUUAUUCGGUCAAGGAUCCAUCGGAGCUACCAGACACGAAAAAUAUCGACAUCGACCUUCGAUGGACUGUUCUUUGCGAUCUGUUCCUAGUCUUGGUUGCUGACAGUGUCUACGAUGGUCGUUCAAGGGCCCUUCUGGAAGCAGUCGGAAGCGCUCUCUCUGUGGACUGGCUCGAAAUUUGCCGCUUCGAAAAGCGAAUUACAGACGCUUUGGAGAUGCAGCAAGAGGCAGACAAGGAGAAUUGGAACGAAGAAGAACACACUGACAAGCGUCAAAAGAUGGCACGGAAUAGAAGACUGGUCAUGAUGGGCCUGGCCACCGUUGGUGGAGGUCUAGUCAUUGGCCUGAGUGCUGGUCUCCUCGCACCUGUCAUUGGCGCUGGUCUUGCUGCUGGGUUCACGACUAUCGGUGUCGCUGGAACGAGCACUUUCCUUGGAGGUGUUGGUGGCGCAGCUCUGAUUACAUCCAUUGGUGUCACCACAGGAGGUACAAUCGCAGUUCGAGCAAGUAACAGACGAACAGGCCCGGUCAAGACUUUCGAAUAUCGCCCACUCCACAACAAUAAACGUGUAAACCUUAUAGUCACCGUGGCAGGCUGGAUGACAGGCAAGGUCGAUGAUGUCCGUCUGCCUUUCAGUACGGUGAAUCCUAUCAUGGGCGAUAUCUACAGUGUACACUGGGAGCCAGAAAUGCUGCAAAGCAUGGGUCAGACCAUUAACAUUCUUGCAACUGAGGCUCUCACCCAAGGUCUUCAGCAAAUCCUUGGCAGUACGUUGCUCACCGCUCUCAUGUCUGCCAUGUCACUACCACUUGUGCUCACGAAGUUGUCAUAUCUGAUCGACAAUCCAUGGAGUGUAUCGAUGGCUCGUGCUGAUAUGGCUGGCUUGAUUCUUGCCGACUCGCUCAUUGAACGUAAUCUGGGCGUCCGACCUGUAACGCUUGUUGGCUUCUCUUUAGGCUCUCGUGUAAUUUACGCCUGUCUAAGAGAGCUCGCUAAUCGCGGCGCAUACGAUGUCGUCCAAAAUGUCUACGUUUUUGGCAGUCCGGUUGUGUUCAAAAAGGACGAUUACAUAAAGGCGAAAUCGGUAGUAGCAGGCAGAUUCGUCAACGGAUAUGCAACGAAUGACUGGAUCCUGGGCUAUCUGUUCCGCGCCACUGCCGGAGGUAUUAUGCGCAUUGCUGGACUUGCUUCGGUAGACAUCCCUGGUGUCGAGAACUACAACGUAACAGAGACCGUGGCUGGCCACAUGGCCUACCGUAAAGCUAUGCCGAAGCUGCUCAAGGAGGUCGGCUGGGUGGUUGAUAGCGAGGAGUUCUCUGAGAUUGAGGAUCCGGACCCGGACAACCACGAAAAGAGACAACGAGAACUCAUCAAUGAGAUCGAGGAGGCCAGACUGGCUCUUGAAAAGAAGCCCGAGAAGAAAGGCUUCAAAGCACUCUUCAGCCGAAACAAGAAGAACGCGGAGAAGAAAGAGUGGGAGACAUAUGACGAAAAGAUCAAGGCUGGACCUGCAAGUGAAUUGGCCGAUGGAUCUAACCAAGGAACACUCUUCGACAUUGAUGCUCUGCAGCACGAGGUGGCUGCACUCGCAGCCCAGGGUAUUGAGAUCAAAGAGAUCAAAGGCACAUUACCACCUAUGAAGAUUGACACCACAGCGAAUCCGAUAAACGGCGACGGAUUAAAAAGUCCGCCAAUUCUGCGGCAAACCAAGAGCUUCAGUGGUUUCUCAGAUGGAGCUAGAGACUCGUCGAGCAGCAUCAACCAAGCCAAUGGAACGAAUAGAAACCAACAACAUGACUACGACGAAUUUGAGUACACUGCUCAAAACGACUCUGAAAUAUCCAUGACUUUCGAGAGUCCGGAGAGACCUCGACCAACAUUUGGUGAUCGUCAAGCUUCAUCGCGCGGUUCACCGGUGCUCUCGCCUACAUCUUCGCAGUUCGCAAUCAGACCUGCGCUGCAAUCAUCAAACACCAUGCCGGUGUCCAAUCGUUCAGUGUCAAAUAACACGCCGAUGUCUUAUGAGCGUAAUGCAUGGGCGGACGAUGACGAUGAUUUUGGUAAGGAGAAGGAACUGUCGAUGACGUUCGAGUAG